AUGGCCCCCACCUGCAGCGACAUCCUUCCUCCAAAGGAAGAACAACACCACGAGCCGAAUCCAAUCGAUCAAGACUGCAACCGCCUUCGCCUCAUCACGUUCCGCCAGCUCAAAGCCCUCGCUCUUGUCACAGUCUUCUCCGCCACUGGCAUGGUUGCCAUCGAAGACUACGCCUUCGUAAUCUUCUCCAUCUUCUACGUAUACUUCCUCUCAAAAGUCGCAUUCCCCAUCCUCACCCCACAACUCGAACCUCCCGUCUUCAACAAGAGCCGUCUCCUAGGCCUCUACAUCGCUAUCUCAGCCCUGAUCAGCCUCUUCUUCCCGAUCGUCUACAUCUUCCAAGGUAUCUACAAACGAGAUAAGGAAGGAAUCAAAGCGGCCGUCCCGUUCGGCUUCCUCCUCGCUGCCCAAAUCUUCAUGGAAGGCCUGACGUUCUCCCGUCGCUUCUCGUCCAGGCAUUCGUGCCUGUCUUCUACAACACGAAGCGGCUCUUUACUAUCAUCGAAUGGUUGA